GAGUGAUGGUUGUCAAAUUGAUUUCAUAACAGCAAUUUGUUUUGAUUCUCUUCCCAAAAAUAAUGGAAUGAGCAUUUUGCUUUACAACAAACCGGAAAUCAGCAGCGAUGAGUGUAAGCCGGGCACAUUCCGAAGAUCCCGACAUAGACCCACCAUCGGAGAGGUCUGUGGUCAUUUUUGGACGAGAUGUGAGCACGAUCCCAUGCUUUCGGAACAGCUUUCUGUACGGAAUCAGCAUCGGCAUGGGGGUAGGAUUUUUGGCAUUUCUGAAAACCUCCCGCCCACAGCUUUCCACGCACAUCGGGUUCGGCACGUUCAUGGCAACGACGCUUGGCUAUUGGUUUCCGUGUCGCUACAAUUGGUCUAAACAAAAGUUCGACACUGCUCAGUUGCAACAGGCACUGCAGCAGCAAGCCAUUUACGAGGGUACCGACAAGGAGCGUGAAACGCUAGCGGCAAAGAUGGAGCAUGCCUAAUGAGGGACAGUGCGUUCAGGUAGUCAGGUGUUUUGUUCGUUGUGAAUUAACAAAAAGUCGAUAAAAAAAGUUUCCUGUCGUUGAAUGCUUACUUAUAAA